UUUUAUUUUGACGGGGUGGCGUGACGUCAUGUUUCUGCGCCGCGCUCCGGCCUCUGCGACUCGGCCGAAGAAAGAUAAACUCCGGCUGAAGCGACGGAGGUCCAUGAGAUGGCGUUUAUUAAAGAGGAGAGAGAAGAGCUGAGGAUUGAGACUGAAGACGAGACCAAGGAACAGCAAACAAAGGUGGCGUUUAUUAAAGUUGAGAGUGAAGACGUGAGGAUGCAAGUCAAACGUGAAGAGACUGAUGCAGGCCUGAUGGAGCUGAAAGAGGAGAGUCGAGAACUGGAUGAAACAGAAGAGAUGAAUCAGUGUGAGAUAAAUGACGAUCUCAAGGCUGGAGAACAAUCUUACUGUUACUCACAGACUUAUAAAACAGUAAGUACAAACCCUGAGGUCCAGAUGAGUGUUCACGCUGCAGAGAGCCCUUUCACCUGCCAACACUGUGAAAGGAGUUUCAGUGAAGAAGAAAGCCUCAGAAGUCACUUGAAGAUCCACACAGGAGAGAAUGUGUUCAUGUGUCCUCAGUGUGGAAAGAGCUUCACACAGAAAAAAUCCCUUAACGCCCACAUGAGAAUUCACACGGGAGAGAAGCCUUACUCCUGCCAGCUGUGUGGGAAGAGCUUCAGACGAAGAGAAGGUUUCAGGUCUCACAUGACGGUUCACACUGGAGAGAGUCCUUUCACCUGCCCACAGUGUGGAAGGGGCUUCAACAGAAAACAAAGCCUUAAGAGCCACUUGAAUAUCCAUGCAGGAGAGAAGCCGUUCACCUGCUCUCAGUGCGGAAAGAGUUUUACUCAGAAAUCAACCCUUAACGGCCACAUUAAAAUCCACUCCGGAGAGAAGCCUUACUCCUGCCAGCAGUGUGGGAAGAGCUUCUCAGUAAAAGGAAGUCUUAAAAUUCACAUGAGAAUUCACACCGGAGAGAAGCCCUUCAUCUGCUCUCAGUGUGGAAAGAGCUUCAAACAGAAGAAAGAACUUGAUGGUCACCUGAGGGUUCACACGGGAGAGAAGCCUUUCGAUUGUGAUCAGUGUGGAAAGAGUUUCGGAUAUAAGUCACAUCUCAAUAAACACAUGAGGCUUCACUCGGGAGAGAACUGUUUUAUAUGUCAGCAGUGUGGGAAGAGUUUCUCACACAAAGCUAACUUUGAGAAUCACAUGAGAACUCACUCCGGAGAGAAGCCCUUCACCUGUCCUCAGUGUGGAAAGAGCUUCACGGUUAAAGGAAACCUUAAGAUUCACAUGAGAGUUCACACUGGAGAGAAGCCUUACAAGUGUCCUCAGUGUGACACCAGCUUCACAAAUAACACAAACCUGAAACGACACUGGAAAACUCAUGCUGAAAAUAAACUUCUGCUCUUCUCAGUAGCUGGCAUCGACUUUCCCGGGGAGGCUGAGGGGUGUGAUCGCCCUGUAGUUGGAGCAGACCCUCCGGCCUGCCUUCUGAAAAAGAGGAACCACCAGCCCAGUCCAGAGGCACUGUCCCCCACCUCCACGCGAUGCUGUCAGGCGUGUCAGUCAAGACAGCCCUACAGCAUCCAGAGACCUGAGGAACUCAGGACGGAUCUUAUCCACCCCUGGUGCUUUGCCACCGAGGAGCUUUUUAACUACCUCAUGAUGGACUCACUUCUACUUUUUCAACAGAAGAGACCCACGGCACACACUGUUAUAAACAUGGUGUUUAUUAAAGAGGAGACGGAAGAAUUUAGGAUCGAAGAGGUUUUCACAAUCAAACAAGAACACACCGAGGAACAAGCAGACCUAAUGGUGCUGAAAGUCGAGAGUCAACAAACGAAUGAAAUCGAAGAGCAACAACGUGAUCCCAAGACUACAGACAAGCCUUUCGCAUGCCAGCAGUGUGGGAAGUGCUUCAGUCGAAAACACAACCUUGGGGUCCACGCCAGAAUUCACAAGGGAAAAACGCCCUACGCAUGUCUACAGUGUGGGUUGAGCUUCGCUCUGAAGAGAGAGCUGAAGCAGCACAUGAGCAUUCACACGUUCGUCUGCCAGCAGUGUGGGAAGAGCUUCCCUGACCAGAGACGGCUUAAAAACCACAUGAUAGUCCACGCCGCGAAGGAGCACUUCUUCUGCCAGCAGUGCGGGAAGACGUAUACGACCAAGCAUUACUUUCGCAAUCACGUGAAAACGCACACCGGAGAAAGCCCGUUCCGCUGCCAGCAGUGUGGGAAAUAUUUCGCUCAGAAAGAAAGCCUGAAGCUCCACGUGAGAUCUCACACGGGAGAGAGGCCUUACACCUGCACGCGCUGCGGGAAGAGUUUCGCCCAGAAAUCCGUCCUGGACUUCCACGUGAACAUUCACACGGGAGAGCGAUCGUUCCCCUGCCAGCAGUGCGGGAAGAGAUUCACCCGGAAGCAGAGUCUGGGAGUCCACAGGAGACUCCACACCGGAGAGAAGCCUUACACGUGCCCUCAGUGUGGGAAGAGCUUCACCUAUAAAGUCACGCUGGACAGCCACUUGAGCGAUCACACGGGACAGAAGCCCUUCGCGUGCGAUCAGUGCGGGAAGAGCUUCACCACGUCUCUGAACUUCCAGUGCCACAAGAACAGUCACGCCGGGGUCAAGCCGUUCGCCUGUCACGAGUGCGGCAAGAGCUUCAGCCAUAAAAACACCCUCUACGUUCACAAGAGGAUUCACACGGGAGCGAGGCCGUACACCUGCCAGUGCGGGAAGAGCUUCACGCAGAAGGGAAACCUGGAGAAACACACCCGGACUCACACGGGAGAGAAGUCCACGCCACGGAAGUCAGCUCCGCCGGCACCCUGCGGCCGAAAGCGAUCCGCGCCUCCUGAGGACUCCAUAAAAAUGGAGAGUGGAGGUUCAUUCAGAGUCAAACAUGAAGAGACCGAGGAACAAACAGACCUGAUUCUGCGUGAGCCGGAGGAGAAAACUCACCAGAAGCCUCCCGUCGGCUCUGAAGAGCCCAGAAAGAGGGUUUCUCCUCAGAAGAGAGCCCAGAAGGAGGGCGCUUUCUCCUGCCCUCAGUGCGGCAAGAUCUUCAAGCAGAAGGAAAACCUGAAGGUGCACCUGAGGGUCCACAGCGGAGAGAAGCCCUUCUCCUGCCCUCGCUGCGGCAGGAGCUUCAGCCAGAAGGUGAGCCUGACGCUCCACAGCAAGGUCCACACCGGAGAGACGCCGUUCUCCUGCUCGCUGUGCGGCGCUCGCUUCACCGAGAGGAGGAGCCUGGAGAUCCACGGCAGGAUCCACAGCGGAGAGAAGCCCUUCUCCUGCUCGCUGUGCGGACGCCGCUUCAUCCGGAGAGAGGACCUGAAGAGCCACGUGAGGGUCCACACCGGAGAGAAGCCCUUCUCCUGCCCUCGCUGCGACAAGAGCUUCAGCCAGAAGGGGAACCUGUCCACUCACCUGAGGAUCCACAGCGGGGAGAAGCCCUUCGUCUGUCUGCAGUGCGCCAGCAGCUUCAGGAGCAAAGCCAACUUCAACUGCCACAUGAGGAAGCACUCCUGA